AUGGCCCCAAGAGUCGCAUUUAGGAGAAAUAUGAACCUCAUGAACCUCGAUAAGGCCAAUGAACAAACCAAUACACCUAAGACUAGGUAAUUUUAAAUGUGGUUCGACCAGAUGACUUGCGUGCCAACAUAUGGGUCAUGGAAUAUCUAGUUUUGGUCCCUCAUCUAAUGAUCAUACAUUCAUAAUUAAUUCAAGGGUCACGUGUAAUUCAACAUUUGUGAUCUAUCUUCUUACCUGCACAUGUGUACUCCGAUAUGUGGGACAAACUACUAGAACAUUAAAAACCAGGUUUCGGGAACACAGAUGGGCGAUUAUCCAUAAAGACAUAAAAUCCCCAGUAGCAAGGCAUUUCCAAUCCAUGCAUGAUAGUGACUCAAUGCAGAUUUCAGUAAUAUGAAUAGAACUUAUUCUAGUAAAGAAUAAUACUUUAAACGGGGAACAAGCUCUUAUUACCGCAGAGACGAAAUGGGUUUUCAAACUAAAAACGUUAAAUCCAUAUAGCCUCAAUGAGGAAUUGGAACAAAUUAUAUGAUCAGGUUUAGACAUCUGGAUUGUACCUUUAGCGCAUCAUCAGUCUUUAGUCUAUAGAUGCAAUUUCUUGUUAUAUAUGUAUUUGAUGAUCGAUCUCUUACAUGCCUUAUCACCAGUAGGAGGUAAAAUUUCCCUCCAUCUUCAGUUCCUCAACCUAUUAAUUGCUUAUUCUCACAAUAUUACCUGUUUAUUUUUUGUAGUAUCUCUGUAAUAUGGAGUUAAUUACUAUAAAUUCCUUGCUGAUCCUCUGUUUUUAUGAGUUUUAGUUUCAAUUUUAUUUAUUUUUAUCCAAUACCAGUUAUCCUAUAAUCAUGGGUCCCUUUGGGACUCAGUUAAACAUUCUUGGUAUCCAACAAAGAUUUUUAUAAACUACCAAGGUCCAUCGGCUUUAAAUCAUCAUCUAAUGACAUAUUUGGCUCACAUAUUUACAGUAAAUGAAGCUCUGUGUAGGAUCGGUUUGGGAAAUGAGUAGAAUUUAGUUUAGCAUAAUGUUCUUGUGUUAUAUUUGUUUUUAUAUUGUUCCUUUGGAUUAUUAACGGAAUGGUGUUUAAUAAAAAUGCCCCCUGUGUAAUUUAUGACAUCACCUUUAAUUGACAAUUACGAACUAGGGCAUAUAUACUCAGUAGGACCUUGAUAGACUUUAGUCUUGAGAAAGUCUUUUGAAAAGACGAAGCGCAUAGACUUUCAGUUUAUCUUUUCCCCCAUCCGGAAUUGUAUCUUCAGCGUGAUCUCCUUUACCCGGCAGCGAUUUUCGGUGGCAGAAGUGGUCAGAGAUCAGUCUAAGUUCACUGACAUACUUACCUCGUAAGAUUGGCGUGCUCCCCCAGCCUGGCAUGAGGUGCAGCGGACAGGGUAAGUUGCUCUGGAUUAUCCCCAGAGUUUUUUCAGACUUGGGGGGGGGGGGGUGCCUUAGCUGGCACCUUUCUGUUCGGUUUAGAGCUCCCUGCCCUCCAGGUUUUAUUUAUCUUCCUCAACCAUCACAUUGACUAGCAUAAAUUACUUUUUAUUUGUUGGAUCUGGGACAUCUCCAGUGAAGGGGCCACUCAUUGAACAUUAGAUAUUUGUCUUUUUUAAAUUUUUAUAUGGUUAUUUUAUUCUUGAUUCAAUGUUCUAUACGUGUUUUAUGUAUUUGAUUCUAUAUACAGAAAAUUCAUCUAUGUGUCACUUGAUCACUUUGACACUGUGUAUCUAUAUACUGGUGAAUUGCCUUUAUAGCCCUUUUUCAAAUUGAGUAAAUAAAAAUAUAUAUUAUUGAUGCUUGAUUUAGAGGUAAAUGUGUUAGGCAUUUGAUGUGUGCAACAUAAUUAGUUGGUGAUCCAUAUAACUACAUGUCUGCUACAAUUCUGAGUUUGGUUAGAUUUUUUUUAUUUAGUUACAUUGUUUAAUUAACUAAUGCUGGAGUCCAAGUUGGGACUGGUGAUUGUUAUUGUUGGAGCGCUCACAUAUUAAGUUUAAUCUCUGUUAUAGAUCCUCAAGUCACUCGAUUUUUAAAUGUGAUGCAGCCCUGUGAUCUACACAUUUUAAGAUUAUUUUUUUUUAAAUUCAGUUCCUUGUUCAAUUUUACAGUUUUUAAACCUCUUUACAUGACCCAACAACUCCUUCACUUGACUCAAUAGCUGAGCUUCCUUCCCAUGACACAAUGAGAAACAUCUUUACAUGACCCAUUGUAACGGCACCCCCAGGCAUAAAAGGGUUAAACCGCCAUUUAGAAGAUCUUCCCCUUCCAGAGACACAGGCACAGCUACUGCAGAACACCAAACUCCCGAACUGAAUACAAGGGAAUUCACCAAACUCCCGAACUGCAUACAAGGGCAUUCUCCAAACUCCCGAAUUGGAACCUCACGAAUAGCUGCUAGCAGACGAACAGGAAAAGCACCCAAGCGGCUUACACUCCUGGCAAUCAGUCUCUAACAGCAUACAGUAUCCCCCCCUCCCCCCCAAAGACGAGACAGAGCUCUAUGUUAAGGGUCAAGCAGUGGUCUGGUUUAUUGAGGGCUACCUGCCCCGUAUUUAUGCAGAUCUUCCAUCUGGUGGACACUCCCCUAGGGAACCAGAUGGAAGACUGGGACACAAAUUGUAAAAUGACCAAUCACAGGCAUACAGGGUUAAAACACUCCCACAGUACAAUCCCUCCCCUCUAUCCUGGAGAUAAUUGGGAAGUAAUCCAAUUAUCUCCAAGGACAGAGGCGAAACUCCAUUAACCACAUGGUUACAAUAAAACACUAAAAUACAAUAAAAGACAUAAUGUUAAAUUUGUCUCAUAAAAUAUAUACAUGUAACCCAUCCCAAGAUAGCUGGGAUCUGAGCGCACAAAAGUACCGAAUAGCGCUCACAUCCUAUGCACACAGUCCAAUCGCCGUGGAGUCAAAGUGUUCACUGUGACGAAGUGCCCUUCGCCACUUGGUCCUGGAGAGGCCUACUUGCCAGCCUCCUCCCCUGUGACUAUGACUCUUUCAUCUAUCUGGCUUUAAAGCCCCUAGUCUACCUUCAGACAGACUAUUUAUGUGGGCUGCUUUAUUUAUCCUAUGUUUUAGUCACCCUGUACCCAUUAUAGGUGCAGGGUGUGUGUAAUGUAAUUGUUUAUAGUGUGUGUGUGUGUACUGUGUAAUGUAUUGCCUGCUCUCUUGUACUGCUGAGGUUUGCUACCAACUAGGUGGGUUUGGCUAUGGAGCUUGUCUAGUGCCCUCUGUUGGUAGCAACAGCAAUAUGCACUACCUGAAUUGCAAGACUGGUUCAUUUGCAUAUUCGGGUAGAUUUGCAUAUUGCUAAUUCUGCAGGCAGGUGAGAUAUUUACUGUUAAAUAUUGUCUCCCCCCACCCCUUUAAAAAUGUGCCAUUGUGUUGUGAUAAGUCACUGUGUGUUUCUUGAUAUGGUUUGACUGUGAUUUUAUUGAGGUUUCACAACAAUGUUAUUGUGGUAACUGUAUUGGCUGGUCCCAAGGCAAUAAAGGUUUUGACAGUUCUUCUUGAUCCCUCUAAACGUAGCCUUGUCUCGUUUUUGGAGGGAGCUGUUAUAAUCACACUGGGGAUUGCUAUGCUCUGCAUGCUCCCCUAAGCUUGAGUCACUUAGCUCUUUUAAGAGCUUGUUCCUGACACGCUCUCCUUGGAGGAGGGGUUUUCACCACACAGUCCUGGAUGCUGGAGGUUCAUACAGGGUGGAAGGAAGAGUUCUUUCCCACACAGUCCUGGAGGACAGAAGCUGAUCCAGGGUGGAAGGAAGACGGCGAGACUCCAGUCCAGAUACGGCAGUUGCGGAGUCUGCGGUGGUUGUGGUGUCUGCUGCAGCGCUUGGAGUCCUCAGGAAGCGCUAGGAGCAUCCGUCAACGGAGGGUACUCGGUCGGAGUACAAGGAGCUCCGUUACAUUCACAAAGUCUGUUCUCCAUACGAAUGGACUCCAUGGGAUGGCUAUCUGGGGGUAUUGCUGUUCAUCCGGAUAAACUACCGAAUGAACAGGCAUCCGGUUAAAUGACCGAAUGCAGAAGCAAGGAGGCUGAUGGCUCAGCGGUGUUCGCGCAAAUAAGUGUCCGUUUCCAGUUCCAUAGUUUGGGCGCUGAACACCGCUGGCCGUUUGGGACUUUAAAAUGGCCGCCGCCACGUGUUCGGUAAAUGAACAAAGGCCACCCAGCAUUCGUCAAUUAAGCUGCGGUUAACCGCAGCUUCUGGGAGGUCAAUUGCCGACACACUCCCAAUACGGGUGGUCCAGUCAUUCGGUUGUUUGUUCGGUAGAUUGAAUCUACCGAACACCGAGCAGAAAGGCGCGAACAAGCCUUUUCUGCAGGGGGAAAAGAAGGCUUUUUAACAUGGGGCCAUAGUCCAAGGGCAACAGGCGAGCAACCAGGCUUCUCCAAUGCUUCGUGGCGAGGUUGGUUUUGCCACAUCUCUCCCCUUUUCCAAACAGGCUAACAGGGUAUCUGACCUCCUGCCGGUCAGUGCCCUUGUUAGUCCAGCAGCUCACCCACAAAACACAAUCAGCAGUACAGCCUACCCACAAUAAAUGGUUACUACACCUGGGUAGAGGAGAAACUUGUCCAUGUCCAGGUGCCUCAUCACAGCUGUGCGGGGGACUGAUAGGCUGCCUUGGUGGGUUGCUGAGUGGGCAGAGACCAGCGGCACUCGGCCCUGGUGCCAGCGCUACCGUGGAAGUAGCCUGGUUGGAGUCUGGUUGCUGGAGGGGGAGACCGACUGUCUCCCCUUUGGAUUCAUUGCUCCGCUGCUGUGGGGGGAGACCGACUGUCUCCCCUUUGGCUAAACAGCCCUUUCGCUGGGGGGCAGGACCGACCGUCCCUACCCCCUGUGCUGUAAGUGCAGAGACCACGGUCCCAUCUGCAUGGGUGUGGGGCUUACUGUCUCCCCCUGGUGCGUUAAGCUGCCGAUGGGGAGAGGGGGUAACCAGCUCCUCUCCCAUUUAUACUUCCAGCCGCGGGGGAGGGAGACCGACUGUCUCCGCUCCCAAUACAGAGUCCUGCUGCUGGGGAAAUUCUGCCGCUGGGGGACAGGACCAACUGUCCCUGCCCCCUUUAACUCACUUUGCCGCUGGGUAAGUGAGACUGGGCUCUCAAUUCCCAAUAAAUAACACUGCCGCUGUGGAAAGGAGACUGGGCUCUCAAUUCCCUGCAAAUCACACUGCCGCUGGGGAAUGGAGACUGGGCUCUCAAUUCCCUGCAAAUCACACUGCUGCUGGGGAAUGGAGACUGGGCUCUCAAUUACCUGCAAAUCACACUGCCGCUGGGGAAUGGAGACUGGGCUCCCAAUUCCCUGCACUUCACUCUGCCGCUGGGGAAUGGGGACUCUGCUCUCCUCUUCCCGUAACUGUACCUGCCGCUGGAGUUCCUCCCAACGUGCCAGCUGACCCCCUCUCUCUGCCCUGUCUAGUAGAGUCGCGAACACUGAGUUCCUCACGAACCGCACAGUUCUCUCCAGUGGAUCGGGUCCGAAGAAGCUUAGCCGGAACCACACGGUCAUACUCUCUCAGAGAGUAUCUGUACUCCACUGCUGGUUCCAUCCUGGUGCUGUCAGGGUCGCUGUACUGGGACAUGUGUUGCCCUCAAUUUGUAAAAUCCAAAGAAAUGGUGUCUCCUGUAGCUGUCCUUCUGGCUGUAGGAACAAUCCCGCCGCUUGCCACCAAUUGUAACAGCACCCCCAGGCAUAAAAAGGUUAAACCGCCAUUUAGUAGAUCUUCCCUUCCAGAGACACAGACACAGCUACUACAGAACACCAAACUCCCGAACUGCAUACAAGGGAAUGCUCCAAACUCCCGAACUGCAUACAAAGUAGCACUCCAAACUCCUGAACUGGAACCUCACGAAUAGCUGCUAGCAGACGACAGGAAAAGCACCCAAGCGGCUUACACUCCUGACAAUCAGUCUCUAACAGCAUACAGUAAAUCCCCCCCCUCCCCCCCCCCAAAGACGAGACAAAGCUCCGUGUUGUGGGUAAAGCAGUGGUCUGGUUUAUUGAGGGCUACCUGCCCAGUAUUUAUGCAGGUCUUCCACCUGGUGGACACUCCCCUAGGGGACCAGAUGGAAGACUGGGACACAAAUGGUAAAAUGACCAAUCACAGGCAUACAGGGUUAAAACAUUCCCACAGUACAUUACAAUCCCUCCUCUCUAUCCUGGAGAUAAUUGGGAAGUAAUCCAAUUAUCUCCAAGGACAGAGGCGAAACUCCAUUAACCACAUGGUUACAAUAAAACACUAAAAUACAAUAAAAGACAUAAUGUUACAUUUGUCACAUAAAAUAUAUACAUGUAACCCAUCCCCAGAUAGCUGGGAUCUGAACGCACAAAAGUACCCAAUAGCGUUCAGAUCCUAUGCACACAGUCCAAUCGCUGUGGAGUCAAAGUGUUCACAAAGUCUGUUCUCCAUACGAAUGGACUCCACGGGAUGGCUAUCUGGGGUAUUGCUGUUCAUCCGGAUAAACUACCGAAUGAACAGGUAUCCGGUUAAAUGACCGACUGCAGAAGCAAGGAGGCUGACGGCUCAGCGGUGUUCGCGCAAAUAAGUGUCUGUUUCCAGUUCCAUAGUUUGGGCGCUGAACACCGCUGGCCGUUUGGGACUUUAAAAUGGCCGCCGCCACGUGUUCGGCAAAUGAACAAAGGCCACCCAGCAUUCGUCAAUUAAGCUGCGGUUAACCGCAACUUCUGGGAGGUCAAUUGCCGACACACUCCCAAUACAGGUGGUCCAGUCAUUCGGUUGUUUGUUCGGUAGAUUGAAUCUACCGAACACCGAGCAGAAAGGCAUGAACUAGCUUUUUCUGCAGGGGAAAAGAAGGCUUUUUAACAUGGGGCUUCUCCAAUGUUUCGUGGCGAAGUUGGUUUCGCCACACCCAUCAACUGAGUUCCUUCCCGUGACCCAAUGAGAAACCUCUUUACAUGACCCAUCAACUGAGCUUCCUUCACAUGACCCAAUGAGAAACAUCUUUACAUGACCCAUCAGCUGAGCUUCCUUCACACGACCCAACAACUGAGCUUUGUUUUCAUGACGCAACAACUUGGCUCUUUUUUGUGCACUAAGACAACUAAAUUAUCACAUGAUUCACAGAUGAAGUUUCUUAACAUGAGGCCAAUGAGUAAUUAUCUUCACAAAGGUAUUGAAGAAAUACAUCGGUUUCCUGAUUUUAGCAGCUUUGCUUCCUCUUUUCCAUAUUCUCUGAGGGUUAAGUCCCAGUGAAAUCAUCUAGUGCACAGAUUCCAUUGCUAACCUUUUAUUACUAUCUAAAUCCCAAGCCUUAAGGAAAUCAGACCCUGUAAUUAACGGAGAACAAACCUGUAAUUACCAAACUCCUAAUUAGAGCAGGUAGAGUCAUUCCCUCCAGGUGUUGGGGACACUCAUAGGGAGAGAACCCAAAAGGCCAAUUAUAAUAUUUCACUGUCAGCUGGAUACAGGAGUUUCAACUGCUCCACAGCUGGGCAGGCGAUACUGUUAUAUAUAACAGAUCAUGUCAAUACACACGCAUGCACAGGAACAUACAUCUAUACAAAUGGCAGACAGAAAAGAGCAGAUAUUGGCCACAAUCAUCCUUUUAUACCUCUACAGUGAGAUCUGCUGAAAUGAUGAAACUAAUUAAUCCAUCGAUCUUUCAGGACAGGAUCUAUAGCUUUCUGUAGUUCAUGGAAGGAUCGGAUUUAAUCAGCUGCUGUAGACAAACCUGGACAGUGCACAUGUAGGACUCUUCAUGGACAUUCACUUUAAAAGGCUCAGGGUAGGUACAUACUGCGAGUACAGAAGGAGCACACAGAGAGCACACAUGAUACAAUCAGAGUACACACAGAAUGUACACCUUCUAUAUGUCCCUAUUUAGGAGGGACAGGCAUAUUUUGGACCCAAAUCCCUCUGUCCCUCUUUUCUAGGAGCUCCAUAUUGUUGGUGUGUCUCAGUGUAUAACAGAGCUCCACAGCAAUGAAACUCCCUGUAAUGUGUCUUUAAACUGCAAUAAAUGUGUUAAACAUCAGUCUAUGUAAAUGAGAUACAUUAUUCUUGUUAUAAAUUACAUUUAAGUUGCAUAAAUUGUUAUUAGUCACCCAAAAUGUCUCAGAACAGCCCCGUUCCUGCUUACACCCCACUCACACCUCUUAAAUUAAAGUGCCCUCUUUGUCCAUUUGAAAUGUUUCUAGGAGAGCACACAAAGAAUGCACACAGAAUGUAUAUAGAACGCACACAUGGAUCACACCUAAUGCACACAAGGCUCACAGAAUACACAGAGAAUGUAUACAAAACACACACAGAGCACACAGAAUGCAAACCGAGAACACACAGGACACACACACAAAAUGCACACAGAAUACACACACAGAAUGAACAAAGAAUACACACACACACACACACACAGAAUACACACAAAAUGCACACAGAAUACACACAUAGCAUACACACAGAAUACACACAGAAUGCACACAUAGCAUGCACACAGAAUACACACACAGAAUGAACACACAGAAUACACACAAAAUAGCAUGCACACAGCAUGAAUACACACAGAAUACACACCAAUGGAAAAUGCUUCUAUAAAUGACAUUCUACAAGUCUCUGUCUCUUUAUCACUCACUGUCUUAUUCAGACCAUAAGCUGAAUCAUAUCAAAUAAAAUGUUUUGUUAUAUUAUUAUACCUGCAUUUAUCAUUCCAUUUAAUAAAUCAAUGGUCCUGAUUUUUGUUUUAGGAAUACACUUUACUUGAUGUUUUUCAGUCUUGCCUAUUUCUCCAGCAUUGGGAGGACACGUAAUGAGAAGUCCAUGGGGAGGGUACUCCAGCUUCUCCUGCUGCUCUCCUUUCUGGAUGAAGGGCAUUCGGUCCCAGGAUGUAGGCUCCAGGGGUGGCCGAUUGAAACUUUCACACGAGCCGGAGAUGUCCUGAUCGGCGGAGUGUUUGUGGUCCACUCAGGUUUUGAAAGUGAACAGAUGACCUUCCGAGACCAUCCAAAGCCAGCCUUGUGUAAGGGGUAUGUAGAGCAACGCUCACUGAGAGUUAUUCAGAAAAAGGUCCUUACUGCCUCUCUUCCAUUAGAUUAUUUGGGUUCUUUCUGUUAGAUUAUUUGGUUUAUUUUCUUUGGUUCAUAAUUUUUUUGCAUCUAGUGUAUAGAAUGAGCUGUAAGUGUGUGUUUCUUCCCUUUCUGACCUGUUCGAGUGACGUGUUUUCUGGGACACGUUCUUGUGGUCGCAGGGGUCGCGGCUGCGACCGGGCCCGGCCUACCAGGGGGCCCGACCGCCCCUACGACCCGGUAUGUACCCACAGGGCCAGCCUCUUCUCCUGGGGGGCCCAGGAGCCGGCCACCUCAGGGCCCCCCGAGGCUGGCCCUGCUGACCCCAGCGGGCGGGCUGUCUGGUUGGCCGGCGCUUGAGGGAGCACUUUCCCCUGUGUGCUCCCUCUUCCACUCCCUCGCGCACCGCACUGAUCCCAGAGCGGAAAAAUUACGUCAUCUUCCAGCGCCGGCAUCCCUACGCGAGGAAGCUGAAGAGGGAGCACACAGGGGAAAAUGCUCCCUCGCGCGCCCUAGCCAGCAGCACCACCACUGGACCCCAGGGAAUCCCCCCAGCACUCCAAAAGGUAAGGAGGCUGGGGGAUUCGAUUUAAAAAAAAAAAAAAAACAUGUGUUAGUGUGUGUGGGUGUUAGUGUGUCUGUUACUGAGUGUGUCUGAUGUCUGUUAGUGAGUGUAUGUUUGUCAGUGAAAGUGUAUGUUUUGUAAGUGAGUGUGUAUGUAUGUCUGUCGCUGAGUGUGUCUCUGUCAGUAAAUGUGUGUGUCUGUUAACUAGUGUGUAUGCGUCUGUUCGUGAGAGUGUGUGUCUUCAGCAUUUACCUUUCUCCAGCGCCGGACUUCCUUGGCGCUGGAGAUCCCGCCGCCUCUCAGCUCCGAAUGCACAUGCGCGGCAAGAGGCGCACGCACGCAUUUAAACCGCCCAUAGGAAAGCAUUACUGUGAUUUUUCACAGUGAGAAUCGCGGAAUCUCCUCUAGCGGCUGUCAAUGAGACAGCCACCAGAGGCUGGAUUAACCCUCAGUGAAACAUUGCCGUUUCUCUGAAACAGCUAUGUUUUCAGCUGCAGGGUUAAAACUAGAGAGACCUGGCACCCAGACCACUUCAUUGAGCUGAUGUGAUCUGGGUGUCUGUAGUGGUCCUUUAGGUCUGUGUGCAGCAUACCGCAUUCGCGGGGUCGCAGCCCUGCGACCAGGUGCCCGCCGCCAUGUGUUGCGGCCCCGACCCGCGCCGAGUAAGGGGGGCUAUGGAUCAAUUUUUGCACCGGGGCCCCAUGGGUCGUGUGUACGCCACUGCUUGUGAAUGCCCCUUUUUGUCCUGUAAUAUUACUCAUUUAUCUCCUAUUUGUGAAUGUAAUCAGCUGUAAAAUCACUAGGAUAAGGGAGCAAAAUAUCCUGGAAGAGGAAUAAAGUGUCUUUGAGACAGAUUAUUUUACAGAAAAGACGAAAAAUGGUCUCCAAUAGAUUGUAAGUUCUUUUGAGCAGAAGUGACCUCAUGUCACUGUUAUAUUCUAUCCGUCACUCACUUGUUGUGAAAUAUACCCAUUCUAUAUCUGUAAAGCACUGGGGAAUUGGUUUGUGCUAAAUAUAAAUGUUAAAGGGACACUAUAGGCGCCAAAAUAACUGUUUUGGUGUAUAGCUCAUGCGCCCACAUCUCACUGCUCAAUUCUCUGCCAUUUAGCAGUUAAAUAACUUUUGUUCUGUUUAUGCAGCUCUAGCCACACCUCAACUGGCUUUGACUGACACAGCCUGCAUGGAAACAUAAUGAUUUAGUUUUCAAUCAGCUGUAUAUUAACUUUAGACAUUUUUACUGGCCAUCUCCACAUAUAACACUACCCUCACCUCUGCCUUGUAUGCUGCAGCCCUACUCCAAACAUGCACCUCGAGGAGGACAUGCCCCCAACCAUGGCAUACUAAAUCAACAUGCUACCUGCAAAGAUGCUUCCGUUGUGCUGAACGCUCCUGGAGAAAGUCUCGCACCCAGUUGGGCUUUCUCCGUUAUAGAUUCAUAUUGUGUUCAUACAGUGCAGCCCUUGCCCUCACGAAACAGUCAUACUUUUCCUCUCUCAUUAGUUCAUGCUCCCGCAAUACCAGGCGUCUCUUUGACUCUUUUAACUCUCUUCUUUGCCCUGCUGUGGCCACCACUCAAACAAACCUUACAGCUUUGCAUGCUACUUUACUGACAAGAUUGAACAGCUAAGGAAAAAUGUCUCCACACCCUGCCUUUCUCUUUUUCAUCCACACAUAGAUAAUUCCUUUCCUACCCUUCAGAAUUCUUCCCGGUUACUGAACAAGAGGUGGCUGCGCUUCUCCUUUCCACUCACCCCACGACUUGCCCACUCGAUCCUGUCCCGUCUCACUUUAUCAAAACUCUCUCCUCUUGUCUUGUGCCUUCUUUAACGGCUGCAAAAGCUAUGAAUGUGUUUUUCAGGAGCACAUGGCGCUCAGUGCCCUGAUGACAUUAUCCAUACCAAAUCACCUUCCCAGCUAGUUUACUCAGUCACAACUCACAUGAAAGAAGAUCUGGUGAUGUUUAUUCGUUGUAUGAUCUGUAGAAUGUGCAGUUACAACAGGUAAAAGAAUGAUUCUUCCAUACAGGUUAGGAGAGAUACAAGUCACAUAUGAAAGUACAGCAUAGAAAACACUAAAACAGAGGGGCAGGGGGGUACCUGAAGCAGCAUGCAAACUACGGAGUGGCCCAAGAAACAAACUUAAGAUGAACAUUAAAGAAACAGUACAUUAUAAUAAAACAAUAUCAUGUAACAUGACACUCCCCGCCUGAAAUCUUUAGAUUUCAAAGCCUAUUAUAUGUAUGUGUGUGUGUGUGUGUGUGUGUGUGUGUGUGUGUGUGUGUGUGUGUGUAUAUAUAUAUAUGAUCGAAAUGUCUAAAAGUCCAACUUGAACCUGUAAGUGAAGAAAACAUUGGAAAUAAUACUGGUGUGUAGACCAUAAAUACUAUUAUUGAUAUAAACAUUAGGUGGUUUAUAACAUAUCCCAACCAAUAGUUGGUUUCCCUUCUUUUCCCCCAAGCAGAUAUUUACCCAUAAAGCUUCCACAUUAUCCUCCUCGCAUUCCAUUUGCUUAACAUUUGGCUUUAAAUCAUGUUUGACAUACAAACAUACCGCACCACCCUUCUUGUUUUUCCUAUCCUUCCUAAAUAACAUGUACCCAUUUAAGUUAGCUGCCCAGUCAGUCUCAUCCCACCAUGUUUCAGUUAUGUCUAUUAUAUCAUAUUAUUUAGUGUAUGCUAAUGCCUCUAGUUCCCCCAUUUUGUUAUUUAGGCUCCUUGCAUUAGUAAGCAUACAUUUAAUAUCAUGAGUCACUUGUACUUUUUGUGAAUUAUCAUCAUUACACAGCUUCUCUGUUCUGAGCUUGCCCUUCCCCCGUCUCCACCCCCUUAUACUGUGCUAAAGCCCAUCUCCUUUCUGUCCUAUGUCCAUUUUCUAGAUUGCUAUGACCCUCCCCCCCCCACUACUAGUUUAAAAUCUCUUCCAACCUUCUAGCCAUCCUAUCCCCCAGCACUGCAGACCCUUCUCCCGUACGUUCCUUUCGUUCUUGUAGGGGCUUCUUCCUAAAGCCGAUACAUUUUUUUUGAGGGGAUGUGGCUUCUUGUGAAUAGGACUUGAUCGGUUUGGGUUUUCGAUCUUGCUGCUCUUGUUUGAGGCGGGAGCUGAGGUGGGAGCGGGAAUAAUGUCUGUCUUCUUAACAGACAUGGGUUCUCUACGGUUCCUGUAACUGAUGUGUAGGUCGUCACCUUUAAGUGAGGGAAUACUGAACUCGCCGAAUGCAAAACUAGGAUCGUUCUUGGUGUCAGCGAUGUUCUUGACAAAAUCGCAGAAGUAUGAUGACCCAAUUUGGAUCCACUUUUCUUGUAGGCUAUACGGAAGCUUGUAAAUGAUAGGGUUAACUCCUCGAGCAGUGUCCAGGUAACUGAGGCCAGGUAGUUUAGGGUCGGUUUUGGCAAGCUGAAUUUCGAGAAGAAGGUCACUGAGUCUCUGGAACUCUUUAUUGUCCUUACCGGAUAUCGUUGGGAAAUUUUCCAAUCAUUUGAACAAUGCAUUCUCUAUGGCUUCAGGGCUACCAUAACUCUGUUCUAGACGCUCCCAUGCAGCGGUGAGACCUGCAGUUGGAUUGUCGAUGUAGACUGACCUGAGGCUCUUGACACGUUCUGUAGAUUGUGGGCCAAGCCACCUGAUCAGCAGAUCCAGCUCCUCAGGAGCAGUAAUGCCAAGAUCACCUAGAGUAGUUUUGAAGGCAGCUUUCCAGCUUCUGUAAUUUUCAGGAUGGUCGUUGAAGCUUACUAGGCCUGACUUGGUGAGCUCACGUCAAAGUAUAUACGUUUACAAACUCUGCUGUAUCAGUUGCCUCUCACUUUACGUAGGAGGUUGCUGGUUGAAUGUUGCGGUUUGCGUUGUUUAUGGUAUUGUUGUAAAAAGAUGUGGGAAGAUAUGGUGCAGCAAGGGCGUUCAGCUGAGUUGUUUGGUUAAAGUCUGGAAUGGUACUAUUAGCAGGAGGUUGGUGAAUUGCUAGUGUGCCGUUCUGUGACAUAUACAGACUCAGCAUGACAGUCAGGCGCUGCACUGGGGUGGUUUUGCAUGUAGGAAGUUGCUGGAACAGCUUUUGCCUGGUGGUGUGGUGAAGUCCUUGCGUUGUUGUGCAGAAUGGAGGCAAUUGAGUGCUCGCUGCUGUGGUUUAGAACAUAGUUCUUAGUGCGUUCGAAUGGAUCUUCCCUUUCACUAGCAUUUUCCUCUGCACCAAUAGCUUGUUCCAAAAUCUUUAGUUUUGCUGCAGCUGCCUCGUAGUUGCUCUGUUCCUUUAAAGCUUCAAUUGCUGCACUUUGACGUGCUGCUUUAGAUGCUGCCUCAGCUUCCAUUGCUGCCGCUUCGGCUUGCAUUGCUGCUGCUUCGGCUUGCAUUGCUGCCGCUUUGGCUUGCAUUGCUGCCGCUUCGGCUUGCAUUGCUGCAGCCUCAGCCUCCAUGUCUGCUCUCUUUUUAGCAUAUGUACUUUGAAAGCCUCUGCUUCGGCACGGGCAUUUAUAAGCUGUUCACUAAGCGUUGAGUGCCUUGAACUUUGGGAUCUAGAGGAACUUUUAGAAUGUCUGGUGGAUACGGAUCUGUGAGAUACAGUGUCCUGUGGCUGCUUUAAUUUUGCUUCUGCCUUUGCUUUAGUUAGCAGGAUAAAGCUUUCUCUUUCCACGUUAAGAAGCUGGACAUUGUUAAGUUGCUCUAAUGAUUCCUCAGUGUUAAUGUUUUGCAGAAUAGUUAUAUAUUUAUUGCUUGUAGUCUGGUACAGUUCAUAUGAAGCAGAGAGAGGCUUUAUGGCGCCCUCUAGUUGCAGUACCUCAUGGCUGGGACAUGAAAUCACAUCAAUGUAGGUGAGGAUUUUAUCCCGAAUCUGCUUCAAACUGGUUGCUAGUUCAGUUUUCAUGGAUUCAUAGUUCUCUUUAACCUUCCAUGUGGGUUUCACAGAGCGUUUAGCCAAUGCACUGGGAUCUGGGUUCUCACCCUGGCUUUCUCCAUGUGGUGCAUGCUGUGGUGUUCCACUCAUGAUGGCCUGAGGUCCACAGGCUUGGCUGUAGCAGUGAAGUGUGUCUGUAUACUGUGUGGGGCUGUAACAAGCUGUGCUGGGGGUGUAUGCAGACUUCUCAUACAAUACACACAGUUAUACUUCACUAUGAUCUGUCCUGUGACACAGCAAUCUCUGUACAAGCUGCUGGAUACGUUCUUUUACUAUUCUGGACCGGCUGCAGAGGCUAUGAAUGUGUUUUUUCAGGAGCACAUGGCGCUCAUUGCUCUGAUGAGAUUAUCCAUACCAAAUCACCUUCCCAGAUAGUUUACUCAGUCACAACUCACAUGUAAGAAGAUCUGGCGGUGUUUAUUCGUCAUAUGAUCUGUAGAAUGUGCAGUUACGACAGGUAAAAGAAUGAUUUUUCCAUACAGGUUAGGAGAGAUACAAGUCACAUAUGAAUGUACAGCAUAGAAUACACUAGAACAGAAACAGGGGAGGGGAGUACCUGGAGCAGCAUGCAAACUAUGGAGUGGCCCAAUAGACAAACUUAAGAUGAACAUUAAAGAAACAGUACAUUAUAAUAAAACAACAUCAUGUAACAUGACAUUAACACACAUCUUCAACUGCUCUCUCUCUCUUCUGGCAUUGUCCCUUCUGAUCUUAAACAUGCUACUGUAGUACCUAUCCUGAAAAAAAACAUCCCUCGACCUGUCCACCACCUCUAACUAUCGUCCCAUAUCCCUGCUGGAAAUACUAGCAGAAUGCUUGGUUGUAUAGGGAGAGCUAUUAGCAGUAGAAAGAGGGAAGUGCUCAUGCCAUUGUACAGAACACUGGUGAGACCUCACUUGGAGUAUUGUACACAGUACUGGAGACCGUAUCUUCAGAAGGAUAUUGAUACCUUAGAGAGGGUUCAGAGAAGGGCUACUAAACUGGUUCAUGGAUUGCGGGAUAAAACUUACCAGGAAAGGUUAAAGGAUCUUAACAUGUAUAGCUUGGAGGAAAGACGAGACAGGGGGGAUAUGAUAGAAACAUUUAAAUAUAUAAAGGGAAUCAACACAGUAAAGGAGGAGACUAUAUUUAAAAGCAGAAAAACUACCACAACCAGAGGACAUAGUCUUAAAUUAGAGGGACAAAGGUUUAAAAAUAAUAUCAGGAAGUAUUACUUUACUGAGAGGGUAGUGGAUAAAUGGAAUAGCCUUCCAGCUGAAGUGGUAGAGGUUAACACUGUGAGGGAGUUUAAGCAUGCGUGGGAUAGGCAUAAGGCUAUUCUCUAUACAUCCAGCAUGUUACCAAGUCCUGUAGAUUCCAUCUUAAAAACAUCGCCCACAUCCGCCCCUUUCUUACGCAAGAUGCUACCAAGGAGCUUGCCCAUGCUCUAGUAAUUUCCCGCAUGGAUUAUUUUAACCCUCUCCUGAUUGGUCUUCCCAAAAGCUGUAUUGCCCCGCUACAGUCCAUAAUGAAUGCUGCCGCCAGACUGAUUUUCCUCUCUAGUCGGUCCUCACACCUCACCCCUCUGUCAGUCCUUACAUUGGCUUCCUGUAUCCUAUAGGAGUCAAUUCAAAGUGCUAACCCAUACAUAUAAAGCACCGAACAAUCUUAGCCCGCUUAUAUCUCCUCACAGAUCCAUAGUAUGUCCCUUCUCGGUCUCUCCGCUCUGCCCGUGACCUUCUCUUGUCUGCUACUCGCACCUGUACUGCCAACUCACGCUUGCAGGACUUCUCAAAGCUGGCUCCCUUCCUAUGGAAAGCCUGCCUACUGCCAUCAGACUCUCCCCUAGUCUUCAAUUGUUUAAGAAAUGCCUUAAAACCCAUCUCUUUAGGAAAGCUUAUGGCCUCCCAGAGUAACCUCUAUCUCACAUACCUGUCUCUUGCUCUCUCCUAAAGGGCAGCCCGGCUUAUUAGACUGCAAAUUCCUGUUCUAAUGUGUUUUACACCCCACCUCCUAUAGAAUGUAAGUUUUCUUGUAAUUGUCCUAUUUAUAGCUAAUUCCCCCCCCCUCUUAUUAUAUUGUAAAUCGCUAUGGAAUCUGUUGGCACUAUAUAAAUGGCAAUAAUAAUAAAUAAUAUCUCCUGCUCUGUAAAUGUAACUUUAAUAACAUACAGGAGGCUCCUUCAGGGUCUAGUAAGCUAUUUACAGAGCAGGAGAUAAGAAAUUCUAAAUUAACUAUAAUUUGCAAUAAAGGAAGUUUAAACUUUGGAUGUCUCUUUACAGGAAGUGUUUGGGAAAGUUGUGUAAGUCACACGCAGGGAGGUGUGACUAGGGCAGUAUUAACAAAGUGAUUUAACUCCUAAAUGGCAGAGAAUUGACCAGUAAGACCGCAGGAGCAUGAUCUAAACACCAAAACUGCAUCAUUAAACUAUAGCUGUUUUGGUGACUAUAGUGUCCCUUUAAUAAUAAUAAUAAUAAUAAUACUAAUAAUAAUAAUAAUAAUAAUAAUAAUAAUAAUAAUAAUACUAAUACACAAUAAAUAGUGAAAAGUGACACUAUCUAUCCAGAAGUGAAAUUGCUGGGGGUGACGUGAAGAGCACAUUUCUGUCGAGGUAAGAUAUCCAUUUUUUGUUUUAUUAAUAUUCCAAUGUAGAUAAAUAUGUUGAGUUUCGUUCAAUAAACUUGGAACUAUUUGACUGCGGUUAAUUGAGAAUUCACUAAUUAGUACAAAAUGUAAAAAGAUGGAAAUCGAACAAACGAGCAAACACAUUUCUAAGUGGGUCAUUCGUCCAUUCAUGUCUUUAAAUUUAUAUUGAAUAACAUCAUUAGUUUGUUAGGUUCAAAGCAAUCCCAUACUCCAAAUAUGAGGCAAUGUUAGACAGAUAUAUAUAUGUGCCAAAGGAUAGCUGCUCACCGGUCUUUAAAAUUCCAAUAUUUUAUUUAGUUCAAGUUAAAAUCAGAGACCAACGUUUCAGUCCCUAUUCGGGACUUUCCUCAGGGUAACAAGACAACAUAAAACAACAACUUACACAUGACAAUAUAUAGCAUAAAUGUAAUUAGGUUAAACUCACCCAGGUGCAGUGUGCUCAUGCUGGCCGUGAUCCCGUGCAAUUCCGGGUAUGUGCGCGCAUACGCAAAUACGCUCCGCCCCCUGACGGUUUCAUAGGCUCAGUGUAUGUGGUUGCUUAGCAACCACAGAUGCCGGAACUCCGCUAUAAUAUAGAAAAAAGAGCCAAACCACCAUGAACAAAGAAAGAGGAAUGAGAGUUUGAAUUCCAAAAUCGGAAAGGGCAUAGGGUAUAAAAAUACAUAUUAUGAACAAGUAUCUAUAAAAAGUUAAUAAAGGAUAAUCGCAAAUAAUGCAUAUAGAAUAGGAUUUCAAAAUAGGGAAAUAUACUAUCCCUUAUAUAAAAACCAUACAGGACUAAUGCCUGUGCAUGUAAGUUACAUACCUAUGGAGUGCAAUAAAUGGUGCAUUCUAGCCUAACCAUACAUACAAGCUAAUGCUAUCACUUUAAUUAAAACAUCUAUAUAUAUUACUGUAAAGCUCAUAUGUACAUUUACUUCUUUGACCUAUUUUACGCUAUUCACAUACACAAAGAAAUAAAAUCUAUAUAGUACCAGCUGGUGAAAUCAAAUAAACGAAUAGGGAAUAUUUCCGUUAACCCCUUAGGUGCCACCGUACCCAGCUGGUAUAUCCAAAAAGCUUCCUUUUGGAUCCUACCUCUAUUACCACCCCUCUUAGGAGAGGGAAUGUGGUCUAUACUCACAAAUUUGAGGGAGGAUAGUGGAUGACCCAUCUCCAGAAAAUGUUUGUCAGAUUGCCCAUCACGAUAUGCCAACCUCAUACUAGACUGGUGGCCUCGGAUGCGCUCACAUAUGGGGGUCUCCAUUUUCCCCACAUAAUACAGUCCGCAGGAACACAUAAGUUUAUAGAUGACAUAGGGAGUUUUACAUGAAAUGGUGUGCCUGAUGUCAUAUACUUUAUUAGUGUGUGGAUGGGUAAAUUUCUUAGACGGAAUCAUAUGUCCACAUGUGACACAUCCAAGGCAUCGUAUGCAUCCUCGUAUAUUGCUCUUUGUGGUCUUAGUGUCUUAGGAGAGGGCACUUUCCCUGACAAUAUCAUUGUUGUGAUACAUUUUACUGUUUUGAAACACAAAUAUGUGUUCAGAGACGUGUCCCGAAUAUAACAGUAACCCCCAUGUACUGGUUUUAUAAUGUUUUUGAAAGUUACAGAGUCAAAUAUAAGGCAUGUCCAUUUCAUUUUUUUUUUCAUUGAAAUUUGCCAAAUUGGCUAUGUUGCCUUUGAGACCACAUGGUAGCCCAGGAAUAAGAAUUACGCCCAUGAUGGCAUGCCAUUUGCAAAUGUAGACAACCCAGGGUAUUCCAAAUAGGGUGUUUCCAGUCUUUUGUAGUAGCCACGAACACUGGCCAGAGUUAGCGUUUUUUUGCAUUUUUUUAAACAUAAACCGCAAUUUUACUGGUGAUAUUAUCAUCGUGAUAAGUCUUACUGUUUUGAAAAACUCAUAUUUGUAUUCAGCGAAGUCUCCCAAGUAUAUCAGUACCCCCCAUGUACUGGUUUUAUAGUGUUUUUGAAAGUUACAGGGUCAAAUAUAAGGCUUGCCCAUUUCAUUUUUUUCAUUGAAAUUUGGCAAAUUGGUUACAUUGCCUUUGAGACCGUAUGGUAGCCCAGGAAUAAGAAUUUCCCCAUGAUGGCAUACCAUUUGCAAUAUUAGACAACCCAAGGUGUUGCAAAUACGGUAUUUUCAGGUUUUUCUUUUUUUUUUAUAAGCCACUUAGUCACACACACUGGCCAAAAUCAGCGUUUAUAUUCUUUUUUUGCACUUUUCACACAAACAAAUAUAAAUGCCAACUUUGGCCCGUGUUUGUGACUAAGUGGUUACUACAAAAGACUGGACAUACCUCGUAUUGAAUACCCUGAGUUGUCUACUUUAUCAAAUGGUAUAUCAUGUUGGUUAUUUUUAAUGUUUUGGCUGCUAUACCGUCUCAAAAGCAACAUAGCCAAUCUGGCAAAUAGCAAUUUACAAAAAUAGAAAUUGGCAAAUCUUAUGUUUGACCCUGUAACUUUCCAAAUCACCAUAAAACCUGUACUUGAGGGGUAGUGUUGUACUUGUGAGACGUUACUCUAAAUGUAGAAUGUGUAUAUAAUAUGUAUAAACACACACACAUUUUUUUUUCCUGUAUAUAUCAUAUAUGUGCAUUAUAUAUGUAUAAAAUAUUAUACAAUUCUUUAAUUAUUUUAUAAUAUAUUAUACACAUACAAUAUGUAUAAUAUAUUAAUUUAUUUAUUUACACUUUUAGGUGUCAGGGGGACUGCCUGAUUGCUCAGGCAGCUCCAUUAACUCAUAUUGUGGCCAUGUGAUCAUGGUGAUCACGUGGCCCUGGAAGACUGGAGAGGCCGCAGCUGCCACAGGGGGACUGCUGGGGUCUCAGGCAGUUCCCCCGACCUGGAUCACCGCGGAUCGCCGGUCCAGGUGAGUACCCGUGAUCAUUAACUGCCUUUUUUUUGUUGGACGUAUCCUGCACAUCCGAGGUCGGGAAGGGGUUUACAAGACCAACACCUUACCACUUGGCCACUGCGCCUUCUUAAUUUGUUUUGAAGACUAACCUAUUGUUAGGAACCGUAUCAAAUGCCUUGGCAAAAUCCAAAUAGAUCACAUCCACUGCAACACCCUGAUCUAUACUUCAACGUACUUCUUCAUAGAAUGCAAAUAGAUUAGUUUGACACGACAUGUGCUUCAUAAAACCAUGCUGAUUAUUGCUAAUAACAAAGUUCUUCCAAAUUAAUUCCUGAAUAUUACCCCUUAAUAGCCCUUCAAAUAUUUUCCCAGUCACAGAAGUUAAGCUCUCAGAUCUAUAAUUUCCAGGCAAGAAUUUUGAACCCUUUUUAAAUAUAGGAACGACAUCUGCCUUCCUCCAAUCCUCCGGUACAAUACCUGAAACAAAAGAAUCUUGAAAGAUUAAAUACAGAGGUUCACUUAUUUUCCCACUUAGCUCCUUAAGUACUCAUGGAUGACUACCGUCAGGCCCCGGAGCUUUAUUUACAUUAAUUUUCUUUAACAGCUGUAGCACCUUGUCUCGAAUCAUCCAAUCACAAGUUUAUUGCAGCAAUCAUUUGCAUAUCUCUUGCCAUAGGAUCCUCAUUAAUAUAUACUGAAGAAAAAUAGUACUGUAUUUUCCGGCGUAUGAGACGACUUUUUAACCCAGGAAAAUCUUCUCAAAAGUUGGGGGUCGUCUUAUAUGCCGGGUGUCGUCUUAUAGGGCGGUCUAUGCAGAGCCUGCACUAUCCGAGUGUCAAAGAUCUUCCUCACCGGCCCACUUGAAGAGACAUGCAGCUGGGGAGGGAGAGGAGGACCCGGCGGAGUUCUAUUUUGUAGCUCCACCGGGUUCCUCUCGCGAGAUCCGGAGACGUCACUGGCUAGCGGGGCCAAGAGCGACAAACAAAAAAUAAAGGAAGAAGUGGUUCUGGCAUUUUAGGAAGGAGACGAACCCUGUAACAGCAGACCGUGAGACCGGGGCGUCCAAAACGAAGAGAGGAGGAUGGGGUGCGGCGGCUUCACCUGCUACAAGAACGCGCUGUGUGCGCUGAACGUGGUGUAUAUGGUGAGUGUGACCGACAGGAGGGAUCACAGCCUCCCCGGCCAGCUCUGUACAGGAUACAGGACUACAUCUACCAGUGGUAUCUUGCUGCGGGAUUCUGGCAAUUUGACUUGGAUAUAAUGCCUGCUUAUUUUUUUAUUUUUUUUUAUCCCCCCAACACACAUUCCCUUUUAACAUUCACCCACAGCACUCUCCCGCACAUCACACACAGCACCCUCACACACAGCACCCUCACACACAGCACCCCUCAAACACUGCAUCCAUCACACACACAUACUGCACCCUUCACAUACACACUACACCCCUCACAGACACCCACUGUUUUUUUAAUUUUUAUCUGGUGUGCGUUGAAAGAGGGGUAGUCUUAUACGGCGAGUAUAUCCCAAACUCUAUAUUUUAACUGGAAAAGUUGGGGGUUGUCUUAUACGCCGAAAAAUAUGGUAAUUUAAAAUUUCUGCCUUUUCCUUGUCUUCAUUAGCUAACAGACCCAUCUCUGUUUCCAGUGUAUCUACACUUAAAUUUUUAGUUUUUUUUAGAAUUGAUGUACUUGGAAAAAAAAUUUGGGAUUGGUUUUGCAUUCUUUGGCUAUCAAUUUCUCAUUUUCUAGUUUAGCCACUUUAAUUGCCUUUUUGCACACAUUAUUGGCUUCCUUAUAUCUUACAUAGGAUGCUUCUGCUUUGUCAGCACUACAGUACACAUCAGUCCCAAUAUAUAUAGUAGAAACCAAAUAAAAAGUUACCUGCGCUCUAUCCUAAAUCCCUAUGUAUAUUUAAACAAAUGGAGGUCAUUUAGUUACUCCAAUGGCCACUGGAGGGAAUGCCCGCCUGCCAACGUCAAGGCAGACCCCCCCUAAGCGUUUUUUUACCUUUCUAAUACAUGUUUGUGUUCCUGACCCUAUAGUGUUUCUUUAAUGUAUUUGUUCUGGUGAGUAUAGUCAGCCCCUGCAGGCUUUGUGCUAGAGAAAAGGUAGUGUUUACAUUGGUGCAUAGGGACACCUCCAGUGGCAAUCACUUAGACGGCCACUAGAGGUGCUUCCUGACUCCGUGAUACACACUGUGCUGCACUGACGUUCAGUGUCUCCACGCUCUGCAUAGAGAUACUGAACUUUCUAUGAGAACAUGCUUAUUGGCCAGAUCAGUGUUUGGCCGCACCCCUGACCCACCCUAAUUGUCAAUCUUAGCCAAUGCUAUGCUUUCCCAUGGGAAAGCAUUGUGAUUGGCAGUUUUGAUGUCACACAUAGAGGUGGAUUGGAAUGUGCCUAGACGCAAGGUGCUCCAAGCAUAGCUGUAAAAAGGGAAGUUUUACAGCUUUUUAAGGGAGUAAGGGGGAGGCAGGGAGCUAACAGUUUUUUUUAAACACUAUAGUGUGAGGAAUACACCUUUUGUGUUCCUGACCCUAUAGUGUUUGUUUAAGAUGUAGUAAGAAGGCUCCGUUAUCAGGAAGGAGUGCUGGGGAAUUUACGUUUUUCAUGUUGGUUGUGUACACUCUGCGUAGCCUACAGGGAUUUAUGGUGAGUUCUCUGUACCCUGCAUUAUGUAUCGGGAAUAACCACGUUCUAUUUGUGUGGAGUAUUUUAUAUUCAGCAAAAAUCCUUCCUUUAUUCCAGGUUCCACGUUCGCUAUUACCGGGACGUGCUUGGCAUGAUGUUUGCCAUUGAUGAAAUUAACAAUACUACGGAUCUGUUACCCAAUAUCACCUUAGGAUUCAGUAUGUUUGACUCCUGUAUGUCUGAGCUCCGAGCAAUUUGGGGGGCUCUGUCCUUGGUAUCGGGGGCCAAAUCCCCCAUUCCUUCAUAUGACUGCCAUGCUCCCUCAGUCAUGGUGGGGAUGGUGGGUGAACUUGUAUCAGCGCUGUCUCUGCCCAUCGCCAGGGUCCUCGGUGUUCUCCAUUUUCCACAGGUAUAUUAAAUAUUUAUUGUAUUAUAAUAGUAACAAACAUAGUGCAGUUACCUAAUUAACUAUUGUACUAAUAAAAAUAACUGAUAUAUAAUGUACAGAUUACUUGGAGUACUUGUAUUACAAUUAUUAGAUUGAUCAAUGGUAGCGUAGAUUGAAUAACUAUACUAUAAACCAGGCCUGUCCAACCUGCGGCCCCCCAGAUGUUGCUGAACUACAACUUCCAUGAUUCUUUCAAUUAAACAGAUAGUCAGGGAAUCAUGGGAGUUGUAGUUCAGCAACAUCUGGGGGGCCGCAGGUUGGACAGCCUUGCUGUAAACUAUUAAGUUAGGACGUUUCUGUUUUUGCCCCUUCACUAUUCUAUUCCCAAUCUCCUUUUAGUUAAAAGCCUUCAAUGAUUAGAAGCUUAUUACAUAAUGUAAACUGAAUCUUAUGCCUAGAUUUUCCAGGCCAGCAGAGAGGCCUGAUUGAUUUUAUCACACGCCAUGAUUCAGGAUAGAUCUUCCCAUAUUUAUUCACAAUUAAAAUGAUUUUUUUCAGAUCAGUCAUGGGGCCACUUUGUCAGCUCUAAGUAACAAGAUGCUCUUUCCAUCAUUUCUCCGCACGGUGCCAAGUAAUAUGUUACAGAACGUCGCCAUCACUCAACUUCUUGGCCGCUUUGGCUGGACUUGGGUGGGAAUGCUGGUUGUGGACAAUGAUGUUGGAGAGCAGGGUGGACAAGCCAUAAAAGCUGGCAUAGAAAAGAGUGGCGGCUGUGUGGCCUUUAUGGAGAAGAUACAUCUGAGUUACUCAAUGAAACAGAUCCACAGGGUGGUGGAUGUCAUUAAGGGAAGCUCUGUCCAGGUGGUUGUCCUCCACAGCCCUGAGGUCCAUGUAAUUGUUCUCCUAGAUGUCUUGCAUGACAGAGAGAUGACUGGGAAAAUAUUUGUUUCUUCUGCUUCUUUUGCAGUUACUCCUAGUCUCUUCUCCAUGAAGGCAUGGAAAGUCUUAAAUGGAAUGCUUUGCUUGAUUCCUAAAACAGGAACGAUGCCAGGAUUUGAAGAAUUCCUUAAUGAUCUACAUCCAUCCAAAUCCUCACAAUAUCCCUUCAUAAGGUUGUUCUGGGAGAAAGUCUUCAAGUGCAGGUGGUCGGAAGACGAUGUGAGCCAGGAAUCCUCUGUUUCAUUAAACAUAGCCGAGGAAGGUGGUUGUAGAGGGAAUGAGGUGUUUGGCAAUAAAUUGCCCUCUCUGUUUGAGAUAAAUGACCUGAGCUACACGUAUCAUGCCUACCUUGCAGUUUACGCCUAUGCCCAUGCCUUGCAUGCCAUCUCCAUGUGUAGUCCUGAAAUUUACAAUAAACCAUGUGCUAAGAUGGGCAGCAUGCAUCCAUGGCAGGUAAAUGAAUACCUAUAUAUCACCAUCAUUUACUUUAUUCCACAACUGCUGUAGGAUAUAUAUAUAUAUUGAUUGAAAGCAAAAUUUCUAUAUGAAAUUCCAUGAUUAGAAUGGAGAAAACCAAGAAUAAAAACCCAAACAAGUGGAGGUCCGACCAAAAUGGAGUCACUAUAGUUUAAAUGGUCAUGUCAUGGGUAGAGGGCAGGCCAUGAACAGGGGCUUCCUAAUUCAAAACAGAAUAUGAUUCUCUUUCUUUAAUAACAUGUGGAAACUGGUUAAUAACGGCCAUUCUGGAUCAAUAUAUGGAGCCGGCCCUAAAGCAAGAUGUGCUGGGUCCAAAUGAUCUAUGUGACACCAACUUCUUAAUGUCUUUUAACACACAAGAUUUAUUGAGUUCCUUGUGGAGCAGUUAGUGUGGCCUUACAGAUUGUGUUUACAAAAGUCAUAAAUUAAAUUAACACAAACUAUGACGUUUAAUGUGAGUUUCCCAAAUCACUUCAUUGAAUAAAAACUGUGUCUGAUCUGACUUAAUAAGUAAAAGUUUCACUUGUUUGCUUUGAAUAACACAAGACUUAAUUAUUUUCUAUUAUAAUGAAUGCAGAUCCUUCGCUAUCUUAAAAAAACGCCUUUCCGCAGCAAUGCUAGUGACUGGAUGUUGUUUAACAGUGAUGGAGAUCUUCCUGCAGCUUACGACAUAAUCAACAUUCAGAUUCGGAAUAAGAGCUUCAAUCUGAUUAAAGUGGGAACAUAUAACCCAGAAUCAAAAGAUGACAAGAUCACUAUAAAUAUAACAUCUAUAGCCUGGGGUGAAUACUUCGACAGUGUGAGUCUUAUCUGUUCCAAUAUCACGCAGUCUGUUAGCACUCUGUUACUAUAUAGAGUGUGUAUAUACACAAUAAGAUAUGUAUGUAUACAGUACUGUACCUCCCAUCCUUACCCUAACUUCCUUUGUAGCCUCUAUUCAGGCUAUCCUGAUCCUUUGUCACUUAAAGGAUGCCCCCUAUUCCAGUGGUCAGAUAAGGGGUGCCCCCUAUUCCAGUGAUCAGAUAUGGGAUCCCCCCCUAUUCCAGUGAUCACAUUAGAGACAGCCCCUGUUCCAGUGAUCACAUUAGAGACAGCCCCUAUUCCAGUGCUGGUAAUAUCGAAGAGAGAGACACAAGCAUGUGAUGUGUUUAAGUAAUAAGUACACAAUGUAUAGAAAGUGUUAAGUUUUUCUGACACUUUUCCCAUUUGCCCCUAUUUAUUUCCUUAUUGCCACCAUAUAUUCCUUAAUGCACCUCUCCCAUCAUUUUCAUUUCCCAUUUCAUUUUCGUUCUAUAUUAUGGAACAUUCAAGAAAAGGCCGAAAAAAGAACCGAUGUAUAAAGGUGGAGUUAUAGUUUUAUACAUUAAAAAAAAAAAGAAAAAAAAAAAGAUGAAUCUGCACAAAAUUGGUGCAAACGUGAAAGUGUCAGUAGCGUUUUAUUAAUGCAAUAAUAAUAUAAUCUCCAAAGUAAGCCAAGGUUUUCCAAGGUUAUGUUGUGAAAGCCUCUGGAAGUAUCACAAGCUCCAACUUCAGCUCAUGCACUGCGCCCCUACGGGAGCACCAGAGUCAUUCCCAUAGGGAGAUCACUAGUAUGUAAAUGGAGUCCUAAAUAACUACUUUGUCUAAAAUAAGGAAAGAUUUGGGUCUUUAUGUUCUUUAACAGUUGGGUUACGGCACGUAUCGACAUAAUAUAUUGUUUGAUUCCUUGACUGUAACGGUGUCUGCUUGCAGGUGCCCCAGUCGGUGUGUAGUAACAGCUGCCGGCCGGGGUAUAGAAAGUCUGCCCAGCUCGGGAAACCUGUGUGCUGCUUCGAUUGUGUGCCAUGUUCCCUGGGAGAGAUGGUCAAUAAAUCAGGUAAAUAUACCGACCUUCAUCAAAUCUAACUACCCCACACCAUCACAACCUGCACCAACAUACUUUACGUUACUUUCCUGAACUGGCACAUUCAAAAUGUAAAUUUUAAUAAACUAGUGAAUUAUGAACUUAAAGAGACUGAGAGCUACAGCAGUUUGUUCAUUAAAGGAUCACUAUAGUGUCAGGAAAACAAACCCGUUUUCCUGACACUAUAGUGCCCUAAGGGUGCCCCCUCCCUUGGUGCUGAAUGCUUUCCUAUGGACGUUCUGCAUGCUGGAUGCAAAUUUCGAAUCCAGCGUCGCAGAUGCGCCUCUAGAGGCUGUCAGGAAGACAGCCACUAGAGGCUGGAUUAACCCUGCAAUGUAAACAUAGCAGUUUCUCUGAAACUGCUGUGUUUACAUGUGAAGGGUUAAAACCUGAGGGACCUGGCACCCAGACCACUUCAUUGAGCUUAAGUGGUCUGGGUGACUAUAGUGUCCCUUUAAAUUCAUUUUGGGAAGAAUUGACAAGAUAUUUAUAGUUAACAUAUAAAAUGUUCCCAAUUCAUCUAUUGUGCUAAAUUUUGUGAUUUCCUUAAAAAUUCUCCAAAUCUACUUCUUUCAUGAAAAAUAACAGUAAAUACGAUUUAUCUUUGAAUACAAACAAAUUAUAUACGAAUUAAAGCAGAGACAUUCUAAAUGUCUAUCUUUUAAAUUGAUCAGUAUGAUUUAUUUUGGCAGAAAACAUCCAGGCAUAUAUUGAGAUCCAGUGAUAAAGUUGCAUUCCCCUGUAACAGUGCUGCUCUUCUUGUGUAGGUGCAUCUGAGUGUUUUAAAUGUCCUACGGACCGAUGGCCCAACGAAGAAAGGACCAAAUGUGUUUUAAAGGUGGUAGAGUUCUUGUCCUUCCAGGAGCCGCUGGGUGUCAUGUUGGUCACCAUGGUUGUUAUAUUCACAUUUUUCACACUUUGGAUCUUGUUAAUCUUUAUUAAACAUCAGGACACUCCAAUAGUGAGAGCCAACAACAGAGAGCUAAGCUACAUCCUCUUGGUCUCUCUCAUACUCUGCUUCCUCUGCUGUCUCGUCUUCAUUGGUCGUCCAUCCAUUUUUACCUGUCUCUUUCGGCAAACCUUGUUCAGUAUUGUGUUCUCCAUCAGUAUCUCCUCAGUUCUGGCUAAGACCAUCAUGGUGACUCUGGCAUUUAAAGCCACCAUUCCUAACAGCCCUCUGAAGAAAUGGUUAGGGCCUAGGAUCCCACGAAGUGUAGUUGGACUUUGCUCUGUGUUGCAGACAGCAAUCUGCUCAGCUUGGCUUUACUUGGCUCCACCUUUCCCGAGACUGAACACAGAAUCAGGAUAUAAUAAAGUCAUAUUUGAAUGUCACGAGGGGCAGAACCUCUUCUUUUACGUGUCACUGGGCUUUAUGGGAUUCUUGGCAUUGGUCAGUUUCCUGGCGGCUUUCCUAGCAAGAAACCUACCUGGCAGCUUCAACGAGGCCAAACAUAUCACCUUCAGCAUGCUGGUGUUCUGCAGUGUCUGGCUCUCCUUCAUCCCCGCCUAUCUGAGCACCAGGGGAAAAUACACUGUGGCUGUACAGAUAUUUGCCAUCUUGGCUUCUACUGCUGGACUCCUGGGCUGUAUCUUCAUCCCUAAAUGCUAUAUUACACUUAUGAAAGCAGAGAGGAACAGCAAAGAACUACUUAAAGGCAGAAAGAAUAGAAGUAACGGUUAG